CGGCAGCUUCUGAAAUUUUGAAACCGGUUCCGGAGCGAGAUUACGGAGAUCUGCUCAUCUCCGCGACUCCCCCACAUUCAGAUAUCCGGAUUUCCGAGAUGUUCGGAUUCUGUUUCGUCACACUUCUAUCAUGCUUACAGAGCUGGUCCUGCGCCUGCUGGCGCUCACUGGAUUGGGACAGUCACCAAAAGCCUCGUGCCGUACAGAUCUCUGGUCCAUACCGCCAUGCACCUCGGAGCUGACGUGCGGUUACCCCUUCCUAUCCUUCGCGUUCCGUCUCAAGAUAUGGAAUGGCUACAGUCACGACAGGACCUACUCUCACCACCCGAUCAUCGAUCACUAUGACAACACGACCAUUCUUUUAUGGUCUAGUGCGCCAGUCGAUGAGGACUCUAUGGGUCAGAGCGUGAUGAGCUCAGUCCAUCACGGCGAGUAUUUGAACUGGACUCAGCCAGUGGAGAUGUUUCCCCCGGCGAUGUUGGACGGCGAACAAGCGCACAAUUUUUCGUAUUGGUGUUCCACUGGUCUGCCUCAGCGAGCAUGGCAAUCGUCUGCCAUCGUAUCCAUCCCAGAAGUUUACGCCAUUGCAGAUUCGUACAAUUUUAUCUGCGACCCUUGGCGAAGCGUCGGGGCAGGGCGUGUGGCUCGGAGAAUCGACACUGCCACGGGAAGGCCCAUCGGAGACCCAUGCUGGGUACACAAGAACGAGUACACAAAGGAGCUGGGAUUUGAGAAUACGGUGUAUGGGACUUUUGGCUGGUGCGAAGACAGGGAGAAGAUUGAAGCGGUAUUGAAGAGGCCAGAGACGGUUCCCGCGUGGUCUGACGAUCUAUACAAUCGAGAGCACCCUACAGCGGACGGUAAUCAUCAUGUUCGCGAAGUCACCCAUGCCAUUCGUCACGACUCGAUCUACCAGCGUUUUUGGCGUGACGAAGCGGUUCUAAACAGCUGGCACGUCUGGACCGAGUGCAGUGAGACAGGGGAGGAUUGGUACCCCGUGCAUCGCAGCACGUCUAUCUAUGAGACUAACAUACCGGAUGCAAAGACAAAGCAGUUCUUUGGCAGGGUGAAACUGCCUGGGACGUCCACGUCGGCGUCGGCGUCAUCCCGCCUCUAUCUUAUUUCCAACACCCGUCAACACGACCCGAAUCUCCAUCGCUAUCCUCUGACCAUCGCUUGGUCUGGUGGCGAUCCAUGGACAUUCCGCAACAUUGGUAUAGUCCACACCAGGCCAAACCCGGACAUCGCGAAGGAGACCCGUGAUGGGUACAAGCAGAAUCCCGGUUUCUCGUAUCCCUCAGCCGUCCAAGUGGGUGACGUGCUCUUCAUCGCGUACUCUGAGAAUAAGGAGAACAUUUGGGUCGCGGGGAUACCUACAGAGGUGUUUGUGUGAAUGAGGUCGGGUUAUCGCGCCGCGCGUGGAAGGAGUGUAUGUCGGGAUUGGUGCCGCAAUGCAUGGCAGGCAAGUUGUGGGAAGGUCCGCAGUUGCAACUCUCUGCGUGAUACGGAUAGCGCUAUCGUAGUCCUUUUAUUAGCACUCAUUAUAGGUCAUCACUCUAUAACCCUCACCAAUGGGACGUUUUUGUCGACUGUUCCGGUCAACGGUAGAGUUCUCACCCAC